AUGCUGCGGGCGAAUUGCCGUUACUUUAGCAGUUCUUUUCGAGCUUGGGCAGGCCAUUCCAAGUGGCAGAACAUCAAGCACACUAAAGCUCGAAAUGAUGCUAAACGCUCCAACACAAACACCAAAAUGGCCAACAUGAUCACAGUGGCCGCCAGAGAGGGCGGCGGCACUGAUCUUGCGCUGAAUGUCCGGCUCGCGACCAUGGUUGAAAAUGCCCUGAAAAUGAGCAUUCCCAAGCGUGUGAUUGAAGGUGCUAUUGCCAGAGCCUCGAAAGGUGCCGGAAGCGCUGCCGAGGAGUCUGUUUCAAUCACAUACGAAGGAGUGGGCCCCGGCGGGGUUGCAUACGUUGUUGAAACCCUUACGGACAAUAAAAACCGCACCGCACAACAGGUCAGAGCUGCCUUCAUGCGGUUCAAGGGCUCCCUGUCCCCCACAAGCUUCUUGUUCCAGCGUAAAGGCUGGAUCCAACUCGGGGAAGGAGCGGACUUUGACGAGGUCUUUGAGAAAGCUAUCGACCUGGGUGCCGAGGACGUUGUGGAGAAGGACGGCGAAAUUGUUCUGUAUACCGAGACUUCGCAGCUCGCUGUGGUAGCAAACGAAAUUAAAAAGGACUACAAAAUCGACAACAUGGGACUGUCCUACGAACCUGAACCUGACCAGGCAGUCGCCGAACUCGACGAGGAGACGCAAACCAAACACUACAAACUCAUCGACGCUUUAGAAGAGCUUGACGAUGUCAACACUGUAUAUACAAACUACCGCGAGUAG